AUUUUUUGUUUAAGUCUAUUGUAAAAGGUCUCCGGAAGUCGUGGAUGCGUCGUGACGACAUCACCGUGAGUGACGCCUGGAGCAAAGCACACAACAACAGAGGCGCGAGGCGGCUUUGUGUCUUCGUGGACGGAGGACUGACUAGAGCUGGACCAUGCCUGUCGCCACCCCCAGGACAGAACCUGUACCACAGGUGUUGGAUGCAAUGAGUGAUAGCACCACAAGCUCUACCACUGCAAAUGACUUGGAUCUCAUCUACCUUAAAGGCAUCAUGGAAAGCCCUCUGGAGCAAGAGGAGAGUCCAAAGGAGGCUCGCCUGUCACCUGUGAGGGAGAACAAUGUGGAACUCCUGCAGGAGAUCCUAAGAGACCUGGACCCGUUUACACAGUGCUCUGACACAGCAGCUGAGCUGGCCUGCAUCCUCACACAGCCCCACUUCCAGUCUCUUCUGGAGACUCAUGACUGCGUGGCAUCCCAAGCAGUUGACAGCCUGCCCUCCAGCCCGGGUGACUUUGUGGACCAUGAGUCAGAAGACAGAAACACGGCUGGCCUGCAGCUGUUGCCUGAUGCUGUCCGUAUGGUGGGCAUUCGCAUAGUAGCUGGCGAGCACUUGGGUGUAACGUUUAAAGUGGAGGGAGGAGACCUGGUGAUAGCGCGCAUCCUCCAUGGUGGAAUGAUAGACCAGCAGGGCCUGCUGCAUGUUGGAGAUGUCAUUAAAGAGGUGAAUGGACGGGAGGUUGGCAGGGACCCGAGAGUGUUGCAGGAGGAGCUGCAAGCAGCCAGUGGGAUUGUGGUUCUAAAGAUCCUGCCCAGCUAUCAUGAGGCAAUCCCCCCUCGACAGGUCUUCUUCAAGUGUCACUACAACUAUGACCCAGAAAAUGACAAUCUAAUUCCUUGUAAGGAGGCGGGCCUAAGGUUUCAAGCUGGGGACAUUCUGCAGAUUGUCAACCAGGACGAUGUGAACUGGUGGCAGGCCCGCCAUGUAGAAGGAGGGAGCACAGGGCUGAUCCCGAGUCAAGUGUUGGAGGAGAAGAGAAAAGCCUUUGUCAAGAGAGAUGUGGAGUUGAUGCCUGCAGAGGGUGCCAGAGCCUAUCCCAGGAACUGUUGGGCGAAGCUGCCCUGGAAGGCUGACUGGCGAGCGGACAGCGAGUGGUGGUGGCAGGGAGGGAACCUCUGUACUGCUCUUGGAGUGAAGAAGAAGAAAAAGAUGAUGUAUGUUACCACAAAAAAUGCAGAGUUUGACCGACAUGAAAUCCUGCUAUAUGAAGAGGUUGCCAAGGUCCCGCCUUUCAAAAGAAAAACUUUGAUUUUGAUUGGUGCCCAGGGUGUUGGCAGACGUAGACUUAAAGCCAAGCUCCUGCUCAGGGAUCCAGAGCUUUUUGGGACCACAAUUCCAUACACUUCAAGAAAGCCCAAAAAGGGGGAGCGAGAAAGUCGGAUGUAUGCGUUCACCAGCCGCAGCAAGAUGGAAGCUGAAAUCAAGAAUGGCCGUUUCCUUGAAUAUGGAGAGUUUGAGGGCAAUCUGUACGGUUUGAAGAUAGAUUCCAUACAUGAGGUGGUUGAGGCAGGACGCAUCUGCAUCCUAGAUGCUAACCCACAGUCUCUCAAAGUGCUGCGGACCUCAGAGUUCCUGCCAUAUGUUGUGUUCCUCCAAGCUCCAGAUUUUGAGGUGCUGAAGGCCAUGAACUGUUCAGCUGUGGAAGCAGGAGUGGAUACCAAGACUCUGACGGAUGAUGAGCUACAAAGGACGUGUGAUGAGAGCAACAAAAUCCAAGCGGCCUAUGGUCACUAUUUUGACCUCAGCAUCGUCAAUGAGAACCUUGAUGAGACAUACCGCAAUGUAAAAGCUGCACUGCAAACAGUUUCCAAAAAUCCCCAGUGGGUCCCUGUUACGUGGGUGUUCUAAAAAAACUCUAAGGUAGCAGGUGAGCAUAAAGCUCAGAGGUAAAAACACAAAUCCUGAAGGAAGUCCGGGACGUGGAGAGCACAUAGUUUAGUAAAAUUUAAUUUAUCUUAGCUUAGCUUACUUUAGUUUAGUUUACCCAGAAAUCUUGCUCAGAUUGAAAACGCACACAUGGCCAUACUGAUCUUAGUUUCCUUGUUGCUCAGCUUAUCUUGAUUCUAAUAAAACACCUACUUUUUAA